UUACUUUGUGCUCAAAUUUCAGAGUCUUCACUGAGGAUAAAGCAUAACAAUUAUGAGAGAGCUGUCCUAGGGAGAAAUGUGACCAUCUUCUGCAACUUGACAAGUCUGGCAAAUGUUGAGCAAGUCACCUGGCAGAAAGUUCAAGGUCCAUUGCUUCAAAAUAUCAGCACUUACAGCCAUAAACAUGGAGAAAAUAUUAUCCCACCAUAUGUGAACAGGCUGCACUGCAAGAUCCUGGAACCCAAUGCCUCCUUCAUAACCAUCCAAAAAGUGACAUUUGAAGAUGAAGCCUGCUACAGGUGUCUGUUUAACACCUUUCCAUAUGGCAGCCAUGGAGGACAAACCUGCCUUACUGUCCUAACUGUAUCUGAAUUAGCAACUGAACUCCAUCCUGUUCCUGGCUCUGAAGAUCUCCUCAGCCUUCACUGUUCAGCGGUGGGAAAGCCUGCUCCUGGAAUCUCCAUUUACCCUUCACAAGUCCUAGUGUCCAUGCGGGAAGAGCACUUUACUGAGAACCCAAAUAGCACAGUGACCGUCACUAAAAUAUACAACAUGUCUUUGAAAACUGUUAGGUCCUUGGGCCUGCAGCACCUGGUUGUGUCCAUGACUCACCCGCUAGAAUAUAAAGAGAAGAUAGUUCCUCUGCCAGUAAAGCAAGAGGGUAAGUAG